ACGAGUCCACACAGUUUCAAGAACAAGGCCUUUAAAAAGUCCAAAGUCUGUGGAGUUUGCAAACAAAUUAUUGAUAGUCACAGUAUCUCAUGCCGAGUCUGCAAGUAUUCCUGCCACAAGAAAUGUGAAGCCAAGGUGGCCAUCCCCUGCUGUGUGCCAGUCCAUUGGGAACAGGCUCCUGGGAGCUCUUCACACACCGCACCACUCUGCCAGCAUAGAAAGUCAAGGCCAGCCACCGUGAUCCCCACAAUGGAGGAUGGCUAUGAGCUGGACCUCACAUACAUCACAGAGCGUGUCAUCGCUGUCUCCUUCCCUGCCAGCAGCUCUGAGGAAUCCUAUCUCCACAACCUGCAGGAGGUCACACGCAUGCUCAAGUCCAAGCAUGGUGACAACUACCUGGUAUUAAACCUUUCUGAAAAGAGAUGUGAUCUUACAAAGCUUAACCCAAAGACAAUGGACGUGGGCUGGCCGGACCUGCACGCCCCACCCCUCGAUAAGAUGUGCACCAUAUGCAAAGCCCAGGAGUCCUGGCUCAACAGUGACCCCCAACAUGUAGUGGUCAUCCACUGCUGGGGCGGGAAAGGACGCAUAGGAGUGGUCAUAUCGUCCUACAUGCACUUCACCAACGUCUCGGCCAGUGCCGACCAAGCCCUUGACAGAUUUGCAAUGAAGAAAUUUUAUGAUGAUAAAGUUUCAGCUUUAAUGCAGCCAUCCCAAAAACGAUAUGUGCAGUUCCUCAGUGGCCUCCUUUCUGGAUCAGUGAAAAUGAACACCUCCCCUCUGUUCCUGCAUUCUGUCAUCUUGCAUGGUAUCCCCAACUUUGACACAGGUGGAGUGUGCAGACCCUUUCUGAAGCUCUACCAGGCCUUGCAGCCCGUGUACACGUCAGGAAUCUAUAACAUCAGCCCAGAAAACCAAAGCAGAGUCUGCAUUGCUAUUGAGCCAGCACAGCUUCUUAAGGGGGACGUCAUGGUGAAGUGUUACCACAAGAAGUACCGCUCGGCCACCCGUGAUGUCAUCUUCCGCCUGCAGUUUCACACUGGGGCUGUCCAGGACUAUGGGCUUAUGUUUGGAAAGGAGGAUCUGGAUAAUGCCAACACAGAUGACCGUUUUCCUGACUAUGGGAAAAUUGAAUUAGUCUUCUCAGCCACUCCUGAGAAGAUCCAAGGGUCUGAUUUUCACAGUGACCAUGGAGUGAUUGUUGACUACAACACUGCAGACCCACUGAUUCGCUGGGACUCCUAUGAGAACCUGAGUGCAGAUGGAGAAGUUCUCCAUACACAAGGGCCUGUUGAUGGCAGCCUCUAUGCUAAGGUGAGGAAGAAGAGCACCUCAGAUCCCAGCAUCCUGGGUGGCCCCCAGGCUGUCCCAGCCAACCACAGCCCAGACCACAGUGAACACACCCUGUCUGUCAGUAGUGACUCGGGCCACUCCACCUCUUCAAUCAAGACAGACAAGACAGAGGAGCACCUGGCUCCUGGUGCAAAGAGGGGCCUGAGCCCCCAGGAGAAGGCUGAGUUGGACCAGCUUCUCAGUGGCUUUGGUCUAGAAGAGUCCGGGAGCUCAUUCAAGGAUAUGACUGAUGCUCAGAGCAAGUAUAGUGGGACCCGCCACAUCGUGCCAGCCCAGGUCCACGUUAACGGGGAUGCCAAGCUGCGGGACAGGGAAACAGACAUCUUGGAUGAUGAAAUGCCCAACCAUGACCUGCACAGUGUGGACAGCCUCGGAACUCUGUCCUCUUCAGAGGGGCAGCCCUUGGCCCACCUUGGUGCCUUCACUUGCCAUAAGAGCAGCCAGAACUCCCUCUUGUCUGAUGGCUUUGGCAGCAACACUGCUGAAGACCCACCUGGCAGUCUUGGUCCAGACCUGGACAUUGGCAUGGAACUGCUCUAUGAGCGGCCAUUUGGAAACCGGGAGCCCAGGCAGCCACCAACCCUGAUGAAGAAGCCCUCUGUGUCAACACAGCCACAGACCUAUAAGCAGAGCAGCUAUUCCACACAGACCUGGGUGCGCCAACAGCAGAUGGUGGCUGCACACCAGUACAGCUUCACACCUGAUGGGGAGGCCAAGCUUGUUAGCCACAACACAACUGAAAAUCCUGGCUUCAUCCCAGCCCAGGCCAGAGUGCCAGUCACCCCGGCCCAAGGGGCUAACAGCAGAGUGGCUGUCCAGAGAGGUGCAGACAGUGGGCCAAAACCCCCAAUCACACAGCUGCCCCCUCCCAGCAAAGCAUUCAAACCCAGAUUUGCAGAUGAAAACACCAUGAAUGGGGUUGACCUAGAGCUGAAUACAGUCCUCUCUCCAGGCUCCCCAACCCUGGAUAUCGACCAGUCCAUUGAACAGCUCAAUAGGCUCAUCUUGGAGCUGGACCCCACCUUUGAGCCUAUCCCGACCCACAUGAAUGCACUGGGCAGUCAGGCCAAUGGUGUUACGCCCCUGGAUGGAGCAGACAGCCGGCUUCGAGCCAGUGGCAAGCUGCAGGACCCAGGAGAAGGCCCCAACAGGACACCUGGGAGGCAAGGUGAGCUGAGGGAUGACCCCCUGGGUGGAAGACUGCGGAAGCUGAGCCUUGGGCAGUAUGAUAAUGAUGCUGGUGGGCAGUCGUCCUUCCCCAAAUGCAGCUGGGGAAAGACCACCACUAUGGACCAAGAUCCAAGUCUGAAAUCUUUCCUUGCUUCAGUGGACACCAAAGAGACAGUGAUCACCAGUUACCCUUCAGAUAUUGAUGUGAUCGAUGGCAGGAUCUUCUCUCCAGCCAAAAAUGGCAGUGAGCCAGCCUCUUCAACACCAGCAUUUCCGGUGUCACCAGAAACACCAUAUGUGAAGACCCCUCCCCACUAUCCUCAGUACAACCCCUCGGAGCCACAGACAAGCAGUCCAGCCACUCUAUACAAAGGAGAACAUGACCCACGUGGCUGCCCUGAUGUUCUGAAUCACUCUGUGGGGAUGUCAGAGGGCCCUUCUGGGCCCAAAUCUGCAGUGCUUUGGGCCGGCAUGCCAACCACACCUUCCUUUCAGCAAACUUUUUCAUCUUCCUGCACCAUUUCAAGCAACAGCCCUGUUCAAAGGAGAGAGAGCCCUUCCUCUGCAGAACACCAGUGGUUAGAGACCAGCCCUAAAUCCACGCUUUCCAUGUUGAGGAGCAGCCGGCCAACAGCAGGUCUCCUUGGUACCUCAGAGUUCUCUGGCCCUAUGAAAGACUCCUCAGUUUUGCCCCAUUUCUCACCUUCGGAGCUCCAGGGCUCUUUCAAAAGCCAUGAGCUGUCCCUGGCAGAGCCACCACCGGAAACUCUGGCCUCUCAGAGCGCCCCAGCCUUUCUGAGCUUUAGUGGAACUGCUGUGGGAGGCAGCUUUACACCUGGGGAGAACCCAAGAACCCUGCUGGCCAAUUCCCAUGGAGCCUCCCCAGUCCCCGGUGCCCCACUGACCGCAGUAGGAACUAUUGACAAUGGUUUCCUGCCCCAUCACUUCCUCACAGUCCCACCUGGACACAGUGGCCAACACAGCCCAGUCCUGCAGGGCCAAGGGAUGACCCUGCCCGGGCAGCCACCCCUUCCUGAGAAGAAGCGAACCUCAGAGGGAGACCACUCCUUCGGUUCUGUCUCACCUUCCUCAAGCGGCUUCUCCAGCCCCCACAGUGGGAGCACCAUCAGCAUCCCCUUCCCAAAUGUCCUUCCAGACUUCUCCAAAGCUUCAGAAGUGGCAUCCCCUUUGCCAGAUAAUCCAGGGGAUAAGCAUGUGACAGUGAAGUUUGUUCAAGACACAUCCAAGUUCUGGUACAAGGCAGAUAUUUUACGAGAACAAGCCAUUGCCAUGUUGAAAGACAAGGAGCCUGGAUCAUUCAUUGUGCGGGACAGCCAUUCCUUCCGCGGUGCCUACGGCCUGGCCAUGAAGGUGGCCACUCCUCCGCCUUCAGUUUUGCAGCUGAACAAGAAAGCUGGAGAUUUGGCAAAUGAACUCGUUCGGCACUUUUUGAUUGAGUGUACCCCAAAGGGAGUGCGGUUGAAAGGGUGCCCCAAUGAACCAUACUUUGGGAGUCUGACGGCUUUGGUGUAUCAACAUUCAAUCACCCCUUUGGCCUUGCCCUGCAAACUUCUCAUUCCAGACAGAGAUCCAUUGGAGGAAAUAACAGAAAAUUCUCCCCAAACAGCUGCCAACUCAGCAGCUGAGCUGUUAAAGCAGGGGGCAGCCUGCAACGUGUGGUACCUGAACUCUGUGGAAAUGGAGUCCCUUACAGGCCACCAAGCAGUACAGAAGGCCCUCAGCAUCACCUUGGUACAGGAGCCUCCUCCCAUCUCCACGGUUGUCCACUUCAAGGUGUCUGCCCAGGGCAUCACACUGACAGACAAUCAGAGGAAGCUCUUCUUCCGGAGGCACUACCCUGUGAACAGUGUGAUCUUCUGUGCUUUGGAUCCACAAGACAGGAAGUGGAUCAAAGAUGGCCCUUCCUCAAAGGUCUUUGGGUUUGUGGCCAGAAAGCAGGGCAGCACCACUGACAACGUGUGUCACCUGUUUGCAGAGCAUGACCCUGAGCAGCCAGCCAGUGCCAUUGUGAACUUUGUAUCAAAGGUCAUGAUCGGGUCCCCAAAGAAGAUCUGA